AUGACCGGCAAAGCGAUCGCUUUCCGGCUUGCACGAGAUGGCUAUGACAUCUGCGUGAACGACAUCCCCGCAAACCAAUCUGAAGCCGACGCCGUAGUCAAAGAAAUCCAGAGCAUGGGACGAAGCGCAAUCGCAGUCGCAGCCGACGUCUCUAACCUUUCUGAAGUGGAAAAGUUGGUCGAGACCAGCGUCAAUGAAUUAGGUCCGCUGGACACGAUGGUCGCCAAUGCCGGAAUUGCCCAGGUCAAGGCGCUGCUCGAUCUGACGGAACAGGAUCUGAAGCGGAUGUUUGAGAUCAAUGUUUUCGGUGUGUUUAAUUGCUACACAACGGCCGCCAAACAGAUGAUCAGGCAGGGCGGUGGAGGCAAACUCCUCGGCGCCGCGUCUAUCGUGGCUUUCAAACCUUUUGCCCUGCUUUCUCACUACAGCGCCUCUAAAUGGGCUGUACGUGGUAUGACGCAGGCUUUCGCCAUGGAGAUGGCAGAACACAAGAUCACCGUCAAUGCAUAUGCACCUGGUAUUGUGGGGACGGCUAUGUGGGAUCUCAUUGAUGAGGAAUUGGGCAAGAAGAACGGGGCGAAGAAGGGGGACACAAUCAAGAAGUAUAGUGGUGAAUUGAUAGCCCUGGGUCGGACCAGUGUACCCGAGGACGUGAGCAGCACUGUGAGUUUUCUGUGUUCGAGGGACUCAGACUACAUGACGGGACAGACUAUCGUCAUCGAUGGUGGAAUCAUUUUCACCUGA